GGCCCCGGCCCCGGUCCCGGCGAUGGAUCCGGAGGAGGACUCCUUCGUGCAGCUGCCCUGCUCCUUGGGCUCGGGUACCGGCUCCCCGGCCCUCACCCCCGAGCACGUCCGGCGGGAGAUAGAGCGCUGCAAGGAGCUUUGUAGUGCUCUGGAGCAAGACCAUGUGAAGCUACAAAGAGCCACGGAAGCUGUAGAGCAAAGGACGCACAAGCUGAGGAAAGAGAAAGAACUUCUUCAUGAAAACCUUAAGCAGCAAAUGUAUUUAAACAGAGAUGAAGAGAUCUCCCUCCAGGAAGCCAUUUUUCUAGCAAGGGAGGAGAACAACAGACUGAUGCAGAAGAAGCAGAUGCUGAACAAGAGGCUGGAAGACAAAAGGAAGAGGGUCUUCUGGAAGGAUCCGGAGAUGAUGCUGCUGUCCGUCUUGCCAGAGAAGAGGAUGGUAUUUAAGGGACUUGUGACAAACAAGGAUGAGAACAAGCUGAUGCUUACCCCACUGAUCCACUACCCUUUGCCGGGGGGCUCAGCUCUCAUCACCUUUGAGAAGGCAGAGGUGGCCCAGAGGAUCAUAGAGGCGAAGGAGCACGUGGUGGAUUUGAGCUGUGGGGAGGAGCUGGAGGAGCUCGACCGGUGCAGAGCGCGGGUGCAGGCAGCGCCGGUGGAUUUACUGCUGCCGUCUGCCCUGGAGAUCAGGCUCACUCAGAGCAGCAGGAGCAUCAUCCUGUCUGGCCUGCCCAGCCUGGACAUCUCCGAGGAGGCACUGCUGGACAAGUUGGAGAUCUUCUUCAGCAAGACGAAGAAUGGGGGUGGUGAGGUGGAGAGCAGGGAGCUCCUGGACAACUCUGGCCAGGCGGUGCUGACCUUCGUAGAGGACGGAGUGGCAGAGCCGCUGAUUGAGAGAGAACACAUCCAGGUGCCCUUGGGGAAACAAACAUACGAGCUCAAAGUAUCGCCGUGCAUAAGUGGAGAUGUCUCUAACCUGCAGCUCCAGCCCUCCCGCUGCCCCCGGACCGUCCUGCUCUCGGGGAUCCCGGACGUGCUGAGCGAGGAGCCCAUGAGGGACAUCCUGGAGAUCCACUUCCAGAAGCCCAGCCGCGGCGGGGGAGAGGUGGACUCCCUCGACUACGUCCCGGCGGGCCGCCGCGGGGUGGCCGUGUUCACGGAGGACGCGGGGUAGCGUCCCGGUGUGGCGGAGCAGCGCCUGGCCCCGGCCGCGGCGGAAUUAAACCGUGUGCAGGGA